UAUCUAUCUAUCUAUCUAUCUAUACAUACAUAUCCUCAUUUUGAAACCAUAUACAGUUUGAAAAUAGCACCUGCCUUAAAUUAAUUUCUCAGGUUUAAAGUGAUAAUCUCACUUCGGCUGCUUCUCUAACUGGUUUGAGUCAACUUCUCCUUUUAGCUACAAGUCAACAGGAUGUGAGCCCAAACCACAACCCCAUCAGAAAACUGUGCGCCUGUUUCAACACGUUCCACUCAGGUCUGACAUAAUCAAGUGAGCAGCAGUAAAAAAAAAAAAAGCGGCAACUGCUCAAAGCUGCUCUCACAGCUUAAACUUCAUCUCAAAUGAUUUAAACAAACGGUGCUCUGUAGCAUAAGGAGACUAUUCGAGCACACAGUGGAGAUUUGUUCCGCAUUGAGUGGGGAUAAUUCACAUUAGCAUGACUUGCCAGGGGGCCAAAUAGGGGUGGGCUUUGGUAAGAGGAACAGGAAGAGAGGAGUCGACAGAGUGAAGGUGGAAAGAGCAGACACACGGGCGAGAGCUUGUCACGUCGGCGUGUGAAAGCCUUCAUACUCUCUUCUUCAAACAGAUAUUGGCACGGCUCUGGUCAACAAUGCUGUGCUCUGUCUGUUGUGACUUCAAGAGAUGAUGCUUUGAACGGACGCAUUUUUCAAAAAACAGCGUUUUAACAGGGAGAUUAAAAGACUUCACCGUGACGAAAGCUGAAAUGGCUGAAGAGAGGCUGCUGUGUCCUCUCGUCAUCACCGAAGAAGGAGAUAUAACCGAGGGUGUUGCUGAAAAAGGCGCAACAAGCAGCCUGGCUGAAUUCGCUCCCGGCUCCAGUGCAGAGUCGGCUCUGAGAGAGGAAGAGGAGCACACAGGGGAGGACAAGAAUGAAGAAGUCGUAGUCAGCAAAAUAUGUUUAGAAGAGCAGGGCUCGGGGAAACUGCACAGCAACACAGAGGGUGACCAGACAGGAGGGGAAGGAGAGGUCAAACGGGAAGAAACCGAGAACAUGAAUAAUGGACUGAGAAGGGAAGCGCAAUCAGCUGAAGUGAUGAGGAUUCAUGAAAAACCUGAGAAGCCUGGUGUCACAGAGGAGGGACAUAAGCCAGAUGACCCUCAACUGGACGUCAAGAGGUCAAACGUGUCCAAGCAACAACAUAAGGGGACACGUAGCCGAGAUGAGGAUUCGAAAGAGGCUCACCAGUUAACCCCUGACUUCCCUGAUGCUCUGUACGAGCUGCUCUGCACCCUUCAGGAGGGGCGACGGCUCAAUGACCAGCGCUGCUCCUUCAUGCUGGAGGGUGGCCCCGGGAGGAGGAGGUGCCACUCUGUGCCAAGCACGACCAAACCAGCGCACAGAGUCGUCUUUUCGUCCAUGACUUCACUGCAGAAAGAGGAGUUUUUCGAGCAGGUGGCCACCGCUCAAGCUCGCCGCCUUGAUGACCAGAGGGCGCAGCUGGAAAGGUCGCUGCCGCCAAAACCAAAAGCCAGGACUUUCAGAGGCAGCAUUAAGCAACUGUCUUUUGCAAGAAAGCCUGCGCCAGUUCCUGUGCCCAAAGAGGAUCUGUAUAAUAUGAUUCUCACAACACAAGCCCAGGGCAGACUGGAGGACCAACGCAGCAGAGCUCCAGGUCCCAUGGACGAUGAGGACUUCUUCUCCCUGCUUCUUAGGGUCCAGGGUGGACGCAUGGAAGAGCAGAGGACUGAACUACCGCUCAUGCUGGAAACCUGAGAUGGAAAACAAAAAGAAAGACUGUGGCUGCCAUUCCAGUAUUGUAGCCUUUUUAGUCAGACUUCCUGUUAAAAGAGCGGUGUUUGCUGACCCUGAUGACGCUGUGUUUUAGGGAAUAAUUAGUCCUCUUGAUUGUGUUUAUCAGUGUUAAAACUGUUGAGAACAAAAACGCUUGAGCAAUGUUCUUGAUGAGAUUGUGAGUUCUUUCAUUCAGCAGUUAUUCUUUCUUUUGGACAAACUUCGCAUUGUGUUGAGAGUCUGCAGCGAGUGGCUGAAAGGUUCUGCGUGUGUGUUCCUGUUCUCGAUGUGGAGGAGGCAGUCUACUGAUCUCAGUUUGUUCUCCUUUUUUGUACAGACGAUAUAAAAGGAGCAGUUGUGUGAAGGAGAUAAAAGCUCCAAGGCCGCACAGGGCUUCAAAGCAUGAGGAUGAUUCUCCUCCAAUGAUAAACAGAAAUGUACCUGAGCCAACUUUUUUUUUAAUUUGUCAAAACUGGAUCUAACACACACUCUUAUUAGGAUAUCAUUUGAUCAUUAGAGCAUGUGCUCUUUCAUUUUUAUCUUAUUUUUGUAACUCCUUUACUGCAAGCAGUGACGCUAACUCUAAAAGGGAGGUGUAAAACCUGCUCUGUAAUUUUUUUUAUCAUUAAUCAUAAUCAUUCACAAACUAGAUCCGGUUUAAUCUUUCAAAAACAUCCUGAUGCAGAUACAUCAAAACAUUCACACUUAAAUAAAGGACCUUUUGUUGUCCAAUUUACAGGUGUUAACAAAUGAGGAGUAAAAGAUAAAUGUGUUAAUUUUUAACAGAAUAAAUUGACAAAAAACAGGUUGUUAUCUCAAACUUCCUGAUUUUGGUUUAAACGACUGAUCCCAAAGGCAAACAGUGACUUUUUUUUAAUUUGUCAAAACUGGAUCUAACACACACUCUUAUUAGGAUAUCAUUUAAUCAUUAGAGCAUGUGCUCUUUCCUUUUUAUCUUAUUUUUGUAACUCCUUUACUGCAAGCAGUGACGCUAACUCUAAAAGGGAGGUGUAAAUCCUGCUCUGUAAUUUUUUUUAUCAUUAAUCAUAAUCAUUCACAAACUAGAUCCGGUUUAAUCUUUCAAAAACAUCCUGAUGCAGAUACAUCAAAACAUUCACACUUAAAUAAAGGACCUUUUGUUGUCCAAUUUACAGGUGUUAACAAAUGAGGAGUAAAAGAUAAAUGUGUUAAUUUUUAACAGAAUAAAUGGACAAAAGACAGGUUGUUAUCUCAAACUUCCUGAUUUUGGUUUAAACGACUGAUCCCAAAGGCAAACAGUGACUAUUUAUUUAAGCAGAUACAUGCAGAGAGAGAAGGACAACUUUACACAAGGAGGUAGUUGUAAAAACUUAUUAAUGUGUGUAUUUUGUAUGAUUAAUAUAGACAAGGGGACUUUGUCAAGCCACCGUUGACAUAAAUAAGUCACUAACUGUGAAGUUCCCAGUCGAUAACUCUGCUUAUAUUUGCUUCACGAUCCAUCUUCCUGUUUUUAAAGGCAUAUUAAGUAACUUGCACAAUUUCACACAUGCAACAACCAGGUCUGUGUCACCGGGCAGAAGUGGCCUCCUGUGACCUCCUCUGGUCUGAUGUGAGCUCAGAGGACUCAGUUCAUUUUUUGAUUUUGAAUGGGUAUUUUAAUGCACAGUGAAGACAGACAGGAAAUGUGGGUUAAGAUAUAAAGGUGGUGAUGUGGAGCAGGACGUCCAGGUGAUUACUUUUUGUUUCAUUAUUUAGUAAGUAGUAAGAUAAAUAAGGGUGAGCAAUUAAUAUGUCAAAAACCUUUAUAGCAUCGUUUCUGUCACAUGACCUACUUUUAAUGUCUGCUCCCAAUCAUCCAGUCAGAUGAGAGGCAGUGAACCUGUCAGAAAAAGGAGAGGGGCGGAGGGGGAGAAGAGGAAAAGCAGGUGACAAUAAAGAAACCACUGUUUUUUAUUUAUCUAAUAUUGUUUAAAGGUGAAACUUGAAUAAACAACUUGCAGGUUGAAGUUCUAAUCAGGUUUAAGUUUCACUCCUAAUGUGGAAAUCUACAUUAUUUGUUCAAUAAUUAUAAAUAAACGUGCAGUAAUCACACACACUCGAUUUGCAGUUAGCUUUGGUUUUGUAUUGUAUUAUUAUCUUUGAUCUCUUUCUACUUUGCUUUUCUUUAAUUUAACUAUCACACUGCUGAGCUGACCGGUUUCUUCUUGUCUGACAUCUACUGUUGACCCGCUGUUAACUUGCAUAUGACAAAUAAAGUUAAAACCUCAUGCUAAGGUUGGACAUGUAAUUAA